AAGAAUGAAGACGAUGAAGUGAAACGACGCGCAGAUGCCGAAGCUGCAUUUAGUGCGUGGUUAAAUCGCAAAAAAAAUUCCCCAAAAGGACCUCGAUUUUCUCCAACAAGGGAACAAAUAGCUCAACAUUUGCGGGAAGAUGCUCGUCAUAGGUUUUUCAACACUUGGUGGGCUAAAUCUCAAAAAACUUUGCAAAAUAAAACCGAAAAUUUGGAAAACAACCCGAUGCAUCGAUGA